AUGCCGAGAUUGCAGAUCCCGAAUUUCUACUAUGCUCUUGAGGAUAUUCUGUUUGAGGAGAUCAAGAAGAAGGAAGGCGUGACUUGGUCCAUACACAGACCCAACACCAUCUUCGGAUUAUCUCCUUAUAGCUUGAUGAACAUUGUUGGGACUCUCUGCGUCUACGCAGCCAUCUGCAAGCACGAGGGGUCUCCUCUGCUUUUCCCGGGGAGCAAGAAGGCGUGGGAAGGUUUCACGACUGCCUCCGACGCGGAUUUGGUAGCUGAGCAGCAGAUUUGGGCUGCGGUUGAUGAGUUCGCCAAGGAUCAGGCGUUUAACUGCAACAACGCGGAUAUCUUCAAGUGGAAGCAUCUGUGGAGGAUUCUUGCUGAGCAGUUCGGGAUCGAGGAGUAUGGGUUCGAGGAAGGGAAGAAUGUUGGGUUGGUGGAGAUGAUGAAAGGGAAAGAGAGAGUGUGGGAGGAGAUGGUGAAGGAGAAUGAGCUGCAGGAGAAGAAGCUUGAGGAGGUUGGUGUGCGGUGGUUUGCUGAUGUUAUACUUGGUGUUGAUGGAAUGAUUGACAGUAUGAACAAGAGCAAAGAACAUGGCUUCCUUGGGUUUAGGAACUCCAACAACUCUUUUGUAUCUUGGAUUGACAAGUACAAGGCUUUCAAGAUCGUUCCUUGA